AUGAAAACCAAGAUCUUAAAUUUAUUAAAAUGGUUGAAGAAUUCUGAUCAGUUCCAAUUUUCAGAUGCACUAGAUGUGAUUGACACGGGAGAGUCUGGUCGUGGUGUUUAUCUAAUAAAAUCUGAAAAAUUAAAAAAGAAUGAUACAUUAAUGUCUAUACCAAGUUCAUACCAAUUGAACUUCCAUACCGUAUUAUAUCAUAUAUCCAAAUUUAACAAAUCUAUUUCCAUCCCAGGAAUAACAGGAAAUGAAGAAAAUAAUUUAACAACAUCGGUGGAUUUUUCACAGGAUCAAGAUCCUCGUUAUAAGACAUAUUCAAUGCUGUCUCAAGAAUUCAUUUUACAGUUAUCUUCAUUCCAGUUAUUGGCACUUUAUAUAUUAGCCGAAUGGGUUUUGUUAUCACACUGGGUUAAUCAUAAUAAUAUUUCUACAGAUAAUAAACCAAUCGUCUCAUUUUGGCAACCGUUUUUUGAUGUGUGGCCGACUUCAUCUGAGUUGGGAUCAAUCCCCACUAUUUGGAAUUGUCAAAAAAAUAAUAAAAAUUCUAUGAUAUUUAAUACCCUGAUCAAUUUUUUACCUUAUGCAUCUCAAAAGCACAUGGAGAGAAUUUCUAAAUUGGUUUGUAACGAUUGGAAUACAAUAUUCCCAAUAAUCAAAAAAUGGAAUGAAGUUUAUCCACUAAUUCCCUUAACCAAUGACGAUCUAUUCAAUACCUUCUUGGAGAUAUAUUUUAUUAUCAAUUCAAGAUGUUUAUAUUGUGAAAUCCCAAUAAAGAAAAAUUCUGAAGAUAAAAUUCUGAGUAAUUUUACCAUGGUACCAUUGGUCGAUUUUUUGAACCAUUCUGAUAAGACUGACUUUUAUUGUUACCCUUACGUAAAUAGAUUUAAAAAGGAUAAUAUAUCUGGUAUAGGUCAAUUUGAGAUUCGUGUUGGUAACUAUGAAUACAAUCAAUUGGGAGAACAAGUUUUUUUAAAUUACGGUGCCCAUUCGAAUGAUUUUCUAUUAAAUGAAUAUGGAUUUGUUCUUAAAGAAAACUAUUGGAACUUUAUUGACAUUAGUGAGCAAAUCAUAAAACUGUUACAUGACAAAGUUUCUAAUUUAGAUGAACAACGUAACUUAAUCCAAUUUUUAAAAGAAAAUGAAUAUUGGAAUGAUUAUACCUUGAAUAAGGAUGAAAUAAGUUAUCGUACUUUGAUUGUAUUAAGUUUGAUUGUUACUAAAGAUUUUGAUAGAGUAGCAAAAUUUAUGAAUGGCUAUAUAAGUGAGGAUUUCUUUUUUCCAAAGAUUAAAGAGGCUCUGCAAAAUUUAUUGAAAGAAGUCUUAUCCGAUUCCAUAAAGAAAAUCAACGAUUUAGAGAAGUUAUUUAGAAACACUAAUGAUGUUGGGAUUUCUCUCUGUUGUAGAAAUAUUAUAAUGAUACAUAAGGAUUAUAUCGGCAUAUUACAAACACAUAUAAAUAAACUAUAA